AUGUGGUGGGAUACAGAUCAUAUUGAGGCGGCUGUCACCCGGCAGUUUGUCUGUUCGCACCUCCUUCCUGAAGAGAUCGAGCGCUUGGACCGACCUCUGGCCUUUGGCGAUGGUCUAACCGACGGCACUUACUGGGAGUGGAUAGACGAGAAAGCCAAGCGAAUUUUCCUCAUCCUCGUCGACAUUGGCGUUCCGGAUCAGAUCUUCGGCGUCAUUGACGACUCCUGGGAUGAUGAGGACCUCCCUAUCGCCCUGGAUCAGGUGGAACGCCUUGCCUUGACACCGUCUAAGGACGAAAAGUCUGAAAGGAAGUUCUACUAUCGUCAGUUUCACUACCUGCUGAAGCCCCUUGAGAAGGGCGAGCACAUAGUGUACCAGCAUGCCGAGGUGGUCCCGCUCGACAUUGUCGACAAGCGUCCUGGUCUUACUCAGAACCAUGCUGUAGACAAGGUCGAGCUUCCUAAUGCUCCGGGGCAGGUUUUCUGCCGCCGAAGGAUUCCCUUGGGAUCCGGCCACGGAUGUCUCCCGCAAGAAGAUUUCAUCUACGAGAUCAACAGCAUCAAGAACGUGCAGAAUGAGCACCUGGUAUCAUACUGGGGGUCAUACGAGCACCAAGGCUAUGGCUUCGUGCUCUUUACUCCGGCCAGUGACUUCACCCUCAAGUCUUUUUUGGCCAACACUCCGAGUUCUGUGAAGAAUAUCGAUAAGCAGAAGAGGCGGCAACUCGUUAUGAACUGGAUUCAUUGUCUAGUCGACACACUCUGCUUCAUCCACAACCGAGGGCUGUCCCACGGCAAUAUCAAACCGUCGACAAUCAUGUUCACCAAUGCCAACCACAUCUUCUUCUCCGACUUCACGCAACUCAACCCUGACAUCCUGGCGAGCAGCGGCUCUAGCUCGUUCGACAAGGAAUCCUACGACUACGCGGCGCCAGAGCAAUGGUUUAGACCGUCUGGCUCUUCUGGGUCUAUCUCACGCAAAGCAACCCUCACCUCGAUGUCCACCUCGCCGGACAAUACAACCUUCUCCAUCAGCAAAGGAGGCUCAGACAGCAACCCCCAGAGCCCCCAGGCGAUGAUGCACGCACCGAAUCCGCAGCUGAACCCGCAAGCCGCAGACAUCUUCUCACUGGGAUGUGUCAUUCUAGAACUAUUGAGCUAUGUCAUGAAACGACAGACGAAGAGUUUCGCUACACAUCGAUCCGCGAAGCACAAAUCGCCAGGCAGAGGUGGUGCGGUGCUUGACUCCUCGUUCCACAGGAACCUGGGACAGGUCGAGAGCUGGAUGACGGGGCUCGCCAAAGACGCGGCGAAGAAGGACGACCAGGUCUUCAGGGGCAUGGCGCCCCUUCUUCACGUCGUCGAGCGGAUGCUCGCACUGCACCCCGGCGAGCGGCCCUCGGCAUACGACGUCCAGACCCGCAUGUACCAGGUCAUCACGGAGGCGGCGGGCAUCACGGAGCCGCACUGCGUGCACCAGUACGGGGGCUGGGACUUUGGCCUCGGCAGCCUGAAGCUCGGGUCCAAGAUCCCCGCCGUCGACAGCAACGCCGAGACCAUGUCGAUCCUCACGAAGCGGAGCAGCGGACGCAGCCAGCUCGAGCACAGGCGCACGAACAGCGGCGGGAGCGGCGUCGCCAGAGCGGGCGGCACCCAGACGCCUCGGGGCGGGGCGCCGGCGCCGGGGCCAGGCGGGGGCGAGAGAUACGUGGGGAGCGGCUUUGAUGCCAUACGAAGUUUGCCGGUCAACAAGGUGAGGCCGUGGCAGGCUCCUUCAAAUUACACAGGUAACUGGGCUCCUCUCUACAACCGUACUAAUGCACGUUUCUCUGAGACAGAAUGGAGGCUGACCGGCGCGAACCACCGCAUAACAGAGAUGAGCGUGGGCUAG